AUGGCAGAAGAGCAUUCGGAAAGGUACGAGCUAGGCGAUCGAGAUGACUCCGACAUCGAGAAGGAUCCGGAGCAUAAGCCGACCGCUGACCUCGACGAUGCAACCAGUACUCGGCAGCUUCAAGAUAAUGCAGGAAAAAAGACGGCCGGUCGGCCGGAUCCGGAGGAGAUGGUGGGUGCGGGUGGAAGUGACCCACCUCCCCCAGACUAUGGAGCCAUCAAAGACAACAUCCCCCCAAUGCAAACGAUAUCCCUGGAUGAACUGCUGGACAAAAUUGGAUUCCGCUGCUACCACUACAUAGUCAUCAUCAUCUUGUCCAUAGUGACUAUAGCUGACGUCAUGGAAACAGAAGUGGGUAUCCUUCUUGGUCCCACACUCCUUUGCGAAUGGAAACUGACAGGUCUUCAGGAAGCUAUGAGUACCUCAUCUCUUUAUGUAGGCGCUCUUGUCGGAUCUUUAUUUUGGGGGACUGUUGCCGACAAAUAUGGUCGGAAAGACACGCUAAUCAUUAUGCUCUUGUGGAUUGGAGUGUUUGGUAUUUGCACUAGUUUUUCAAACAGCUUAGUUCCGUAUGUCAUUCUUCGUUUACUGACGGGCGUGGGUGUCGGCGGAGCGUUCCUUCCCGUAACUUACGCAACAGAGAUGGUGAAUGCAAAGAGUCGUUCAUUUGCAACGUUGAUCAUAUUUUUUGCUGCAUUUAUUGGUACUAUUUUGGCGUCGACACUGGCCAUGUUCAUUUUACCUCUUACAGACGGCUGGAAGUGGUAUAUUAUUGCGUCAUCGAUUCUUGUUAUUGUAUCUAGCUUCUUUGUAGCUGCCUUUGUUCCUGAAAGUCCCAGAUAUCUGUUGCUGACGGGAAAUCACAAGGGUGUCAUCAAAGUACUGAGGAAAUUUGACAAAACACUGGACGAGGAAACAUAUCACUAUCUUGAGCCGGCAGACAUGUCGAAUGAGAGACGUGGGGCGGUGAUGGAGCUGUGCAAGUACAGGGCCAGGUGUAUCCAGUUCUUCGUGAUAGCUGCCUCUUGGUUCCUGGUCAAGUUCAACUCGAUGGGAGUGGUGUUGCUGUACUUUGAGCGACUGCAGGACAAGGCACUCACCUCCAACUGUGGAGAACACAAUGGCAUAGUCGCCACAUCCACCAUGACCAAGAGCGAGAAGUGUGAUUCGAUGGGGUUCGACGAGUACCUGAAGAUCACCAUCUUCAAUCUGGAGGUGGGCUUCGGGGCCAUCAUCUCCUACGUGGCCGCAGAGUGUCUCGGCAGAAUCAAGGGAAUGAUGCUGACCAACUCAGUGUCUGUGGUGUUCGCAGUGCCUCUCAUCUUCUGCAUGGGGGAGAUUGUGCUCACUGUGAUUGUGAUGAUAAGCAAGUCGUUCAGUGCGGCUAGUUGGUACAUCAUGACUCUCUACAUCAACGAGUACUUCCCCACUUACAUUCGCUCAGUGGGUUCUGGAGCCCUGGACGUGUUCGGAAGGUUCGGAGUCAUCAUCACCCCCUUCGUCGCCCAAUACCUCAGCAAGGAAACCAUGCUGGGUGCAACAUGCCUCUACUUAGGUUGUAUGUUACUAGCAUUGAUUUUGACCUUCUUUAUGACGUACGAAACGAAAGGUCAGGUGCAGCUGGACAACAUGUCUCGAAACUCAAAAGACGGUUCCCCAGAAGAAGACGAAAAAAUACCCAUUAAGCCCACAAAUAAAUCUCCUCCAACACCCACGCCCACCCCCACGUCGAAAGACGAAGAAAAAGUAGCCGAGGUUCCAGCGGCACAAAACAACAUCCCGGCAGAAGCGCCGCCCCCAGAGAUAACUAAAACUGAAGCGACAGAAGAUUCAAAAUAA